GGAUCCCGGUCCUCCUCCUGGGGGGCUCCUCCCGCCGCCGCCGCCGCGGCCGCCGCCGCCGCCGCUGCUGCUCGGGUUCCUCCUCCCCGGCUCAGCCUCUCGCAUUUCCCGCAGCCCCGGGAGCAGCAGCAGGAUCCCAGACUGCUUCCAGGAGCUGGGGCCACGGAGAUGGCUCUGGCGAAAAUGCUCUCAGAGAAAGGAACCAAACUGGAAGGGCCCAGUGGUCCCACCUUCCUGGCAUUUGCCCAGGCCCUGCAGUCUCUUCCUGAAACCCUGGCAGAGAAGGCAGGCUUAGCCGUCUCAGACGUGAUGGCAGAAAUGAACGGAGCUCACCAAGCUGGGAAUUUCCUGAUAGCAGUGGAGGUCGAAGGGAUAAUAAAUGCGACCCAGGAAGAGGUGUGGGACACCCUAAUAGCCAAAGCCCAAGGACUUCGAGCCGUGGCUGACGUGGUACUACAGCUCCUGACUGUCGAUGACAUUGUAGUAGCCAAGAAAAGUCCCACACCUCACCAGGACCUGAAACCUGAACCUAAGAAGGCAAAGGAGCGCCCAUCCCCCGUGAAAAAAAGGAGUCCUUGGAACAAAUAA